AUGCCCACUGAAGCCUCCAAGGUUUCUCGCGCUGGUAUCGCAACUUCAGCGACUGGCGAGCGACACAUCCCCUCAUCUAUUCGACCUGAUGGCUCCGUAAGAAAGGAAAUUCGUGUACGCCCUGGUUACCGCCCUCCCGAGGAUGUCGAGCUCUACAAGAACCGCACCGCCGAAGCAUAUAAGAAUCGUGCCAAGGGUGGUGUUCCCGGCGCCGACUCUGUUUCUGCCACCCCAGAUCCUCCUUCUGCCGCUGCCAACAAGAAUGCAAAACGUCGAGAGGCCAGGAAGAAGGCCGCAGCUUCUGCUCCAACAAAAAACGAUGCGCCUGCUACAACCACACCCACCAACCAAUCUCUUACUUCUACAGAACCCGCCAAACAGACUGUAGACCCUGAAGUCGAGAAAUCAAAAGAGGCCAAAAAGUUAGCAAAGAAGCUCCGCCAAGCACGCGAGCUUCAGGACAAGAAAGAGAAGGGUGAUUCUCUACUUCCAGAGCAGUUCCAAAAGGUCAUCAAAAUCAACGAGCUUAUUCGUCAGCUUGAAACUUUGGGUUUUGAUUCGAACGGAGACAAAAAGUUAACAGAAGCAGAGGCGUGA